GCCCUUAUUGCAAUCCUUUUAGAGGGAUUGCAAUAAAUAUAAUUUUGUGGAGCAAGUGAAAUGGGGAAUAAGGCGAGAUGGUCAAAAUUAAGAUCAAUGAACUUAUUUGGAAUAUCCCCAUUUCAUGUGCUCCUUUUUUCAGUGCUCAUUUCAUUUGUUGAUGGAGAGGAAUUAAUGAAUCCAUUACGAUUGCCUUCUGAACAUGACAAUCAAGAAAUAUGUGCCUUAAUGAUAGACAAUGAUCAUUGUUCGUGUCCAGUUAAAUGCUUUCGUCCUGAUCCUGUAUGUGGGGUUGAUGGUAAAACCUAUUGGUGUGGUUGCACUGAUGCACGUUGUGCUGGUGUACAUGUUGCCAAACUAGGUUUUUGUGAGGUUGGGAAUGGAGGCUCUGCACCCGUUUCAGGCCAAGUCCUUCUUUUACUUCAUAUUGUUUGGCUUAUAUUGCUUGGUAUUUUUGGUUUGUUUGGCCUUCUUUGAUCAUAUGUAUUUCUUUAGG